AAAGAUCUGUGAUUAUGCAAAUUUGAAUACAAACUCUAUGUAGUUCUUAUUUAUCUAUCCCAAUUAAAACGAAUCGCGGUAAAUGUUGAAGCUUUCUUUGCUUAAAUGGAAGGUUGGAAGACGUAAAAUAAAAGCGGAUUGUUCAAAACUGUCUGAAAACCAUGUCAGGAACAGAAGAAACAUGCUGCUGUAGUCCCGCAGGAAUUACCACAGGUCCACCGGAGCUUGCGCAAUUAAUUGACGAUGAAUGCAACGAUGAGAAGUUUUGGUAUGCCUUCAUCUCAAGUUCUGUUAUCACAUUUGCCACAGGCCUCUUCGUCAUCUUGGCCUGCCGUGCCCAUGUCAUGUUCAAGAAGGACAAUGAGGAGAGUGAUGAGGAUGGGGACAAUGGGGAGCAGAGAGGAGGGGAUGCGAACGAGAGGGGAGUGAAUGAGGAGGAGGAGAAGGCCGAGGUGGGAUGGCUCACGUCACUUAAAGACUGGGCCGGUAUCCUUAUUUCGGCACAGACCACCACUGGACGCAUACUUAUGGUGUUCAUGGCAUUCAACAGUUUGGCUGCAUUCGUCAUUUACCUCCUGUACACUGGAUCAGAUGGGAUCGAGGGCUGUGUGCACGACAGAGAGCAGAAACUUCUUCACUGCGAGACUGCCAUCAACAUAUGCUUCCUUAUCCACUUCGGCAUCCGGUUCCUCGCAGCCAGCGACAAACUCUGGUUCUGGCUCGAACUCAACUCCGUAGUCGACUUCUGUACCGUUCCUCCCGUAUUCGUCGGAAUUUAUCUCAACCGACAUUACCUCGGUCUUCGAUUUUUUCGAGCCCUAGCGUUUAUGCAGUUGGGCGACAUUCUUCAGUUUCUCAGAGUUUUAAAAACGAGUAAUUCUAUCAAAUUAGUGCAGUUAGUUUCUAUCCUGAUUAGUAUGUGGCUCACCGCUUCCGGACUAUUCCAUCUUAUUGAGAACAGUGGCGACGUGUGGGUGAACUUCACCAACCCCCAGAUCCUGUCCUACUGGGAGUGCUGUUACAUGCUGAUGGUGACCAUGUCCACUGUCGGCUAUGGAGACAUCUUCCCCAAGACCACAUGUGGCAGGAUGUUCAUCACCAUAUUCAUCCUCAUCGGAUUCGCCACAUUCGCAAGCUAUGUACCCGAAAUUGUAGAACUUGUCUCAAACAGAAAGAAGUACGGAGGCUCAUACAACCAAGAACGAGGAAGAAAGCACAUAGUUGUGUGUGGACACAUAAACUACGAAUCAGUAUCCAGUUUCAUAAAGGACUUCCUCCACGAGGACAGGGAUGACGUGGAUGUGGUCAUAGUCUUCAUCCACCAGUCGGCACCUGACCUGGAUCUCCAGGCACUGUUCAAGAGACACUUCACCCAGAUGGAGUUUUUCCAGGGAUCAGUUAUGAACACCAAGGACCUCGAGAGGGUCAAGAUUGACCAGGCGGACGCGUGUCUCAUCCUGGCAAACAAGUAUGCGUGCGACCCCAACGCAGAGGACGCCGGCAACAUCAUGCGCGUCAUAUCAAUCAAGGACUUCCACCCCAAAAUACGCAUCAUCACCCAAAUGCUUCAGUACGAAAAUAAGGCGCACCUCCUGAACAUUCCUUCGUGGAACUGGCGAGACGGGGACGACGUGGUGUGCCUGACGGAGCUCAAGCUGGGCUUCAUCGCACAGUCCUGUCUGGCGCCAGGCUUCUCCAGUGUGAUGGCUAACCUGUUUGCCAUGCGCAGCAACCCCAAGGUCGACGAGGAGGGCAACUCCUGGCUGAAACACUACCUGGCCGGGACUGCCAACGAAAUGUAUACCGACUAUCUCUCUAGUGCCUUCUCAGGACUCACCUUCUCCCAAGUGGCAGAGUUCAUCUUCGUCAAAUUAAAACUACUAAUGUUUGCCGUGGAGCUACGAGACGAAAACGACGAGACUAAAAUAAUAAUAAACCCAGGAAGUAAAGUGUACAUUCAGGACGGGACACUUGGCUUUUUCAUCGCUGGAUCAGCUCAAGAAGUGAAAAGAGCCUAUCACUACUGCAAGUGUUGCCAUGACGACCUCACAGACAUCCGCAAGAUCAAAGAGUGCAAGUGUGCUACAGACCAGAAGCAGAGCAGAAGCACUCUCGUCGGAUCACUUGUAGGCCAGAACAGGUCUGGGGGAAACAAAAAACAGCUUAAUGGAAUUGCCGGCGGACACAACAGGUCGCUGUUGCAAUUGAAUGCGGUUGGGGAGAAAGCGGUGGGAAGUGCCUUGCAGUUUGUAGGCUCCGUAGCCGCCAAUUCCAGUGGGGCGGGGGGAGGAGGGGAGCCCCCUUCGGGUGUAGUGGGCAUGAUGGCGGGAGAGAUAGACACUGUGAAGAGAUAUGACGUCACUGGCAUGUUCCACUGGUGCGAGGCCCGCGGAAUCGACAAAUGUGUCUGGCUAAGAUCGGAAGCGGACCGUCAGCAACUGUCCGGUCAUGUGAUCGUCUGCAUCUUCGCCGAGGCAGACUCCCCCCUAAUUGGUCUGCGCAAUCUGGUCAUGCCUCUAAGGGCCUCCAUGUUCCACUACCACGAGCUGAAACACAUAGUCCUACUGGGCAAUCUAGAGUAUCUACGGAAAGAGUGGGAUGCCCUGUGCAAUUUCCCAAAAGUCGAUAUUCUUGUGGGAUCUCCACUGAAUCGUGCGGAUCUGCGCUCAAUAAAAGUGAAUCUCUGUGACAUGUGCAUCAUCUUGUCGGCCAACAAGACCAAGAUAGUGGACCCCUCAGUGACUGACAAGGAGUCCAUCCUGGCCUCCCUCAACAUCAAGGCGAUGCACUUCGGAGAGAACGCUAUUGGACAUGUCGGGCCAGGACCCCCUCCACCAUCCCAAAAUGAACAGCAACAGAUGAUAGGUUUGACUCCAAUACCAAUUAUGCAACAACCGGAAACAACUCCGUCUAGUAAGAAAUCGACAGCUGAAGACACUAGUCAACACUCGUCUAAAUCGAGCAAAGCUGACAAAAACAAAAACCAGAAAACUAGAUCUAUAUCCAGAGUAUCUGAAACGAUACCUACAACUGUAAUUGACCUAUCCAAUAGUAUGGAGUCCAUAGUCAGUAUGAAAGAGUCCCUGCAAGACUUUGGACUUGCGGUACCAUGGGGAGGCGGGGCCUCUAAAGGCCUUUCGUCUAAAUCAGCGAUAGCAGCGGUUGCUCGUGAAGCCUCAGUAAUUGCAGCGCCGGAAGGUGUGGUUCCGAACGUCGUCAAUAAUCCGGGGGGAGUUCUUAACUCGGGACUGAAUAGCAUGAACAGUGAUAGUACGAGUACCCUAGUACAAAUGAACGCUCAGCAAAAUAGUUCACAAAUGAGUGACUCAAUUUCCAGUCCUCCUAGUUAUUCAACUGCCAAUUCUGUCCCAGGUGCUGCGGCGAAUAACAGACAAUCGGGUCCUAAUCAACCCAACGCCUCGUAUCAACAAUCUUCGAUCAUGUCUAACCCUAACAACUCCAAUUCCAACAUAGCCCCCUCCACUCUCACCCGGGCCAGCGCUCGGGGAGCCCCAGGAGCAUCCAGCGCCUCAUCAUCCGUCGCCCGACCGGAAGUGCUGUCAGGUGCUAAUGUGCCGAUGAUCACGGAGAUAGUGAAUGACGAUAGUGCGCAGUACCUGGACCAGGACGAUGACGAUGACCCUGACACGGAGCUAUACAUGACUCAGCCAUUCGCCACUGGAACCACGUUCGCCAUCUCAGUCCUCGACUCCAUCAUGAGUGCUGCGUACUUUAACCCGAAGGCACUUACUCUGAUCCGCACUCUUGUGACGGGAGGAGCUACACCGGAGCUGGAGCUGAUUCUGGCAGAAGGUGCUGGCAUGCGCGGUGGCUACACAAGUGGCGAGUCUCUCAAAAACAGAGACAGAUGCCGAGUUGCACAGCUGCCCGUGUAUGAUGGCGCCUUCUCCAAGUUCGCCGACGGCGGCCAAUACGGUGAGUUAGUCGUACAUGCUCUGAAGAACUUCCAGAUUCUCUGCUUCGGCAUCUACCGCUUCCGAGACGCCAACCUCACUGCCCCCGUCAACAACAUCCACAACGGGGGAGUGCCCUGUACCAAACGAUACGUGGUCACUAACCCCCCUUACGAGUUCGUACUCUCCCCCACAGACCUCAUCAUGGCUUUUGUCCCCUUCGACCCACCGCAGAGCCAGAAGCGAAAGGUUAAGCGCAGACCGCACAGUCAGUACUACAAUCACCAACCUGCCUACCACCAACAAGCUCAUCAGCAACAUUAUUACCCCCGACCGUCAAGCAAUGUAGGGGGAGGGGGUGGGGACCUUAUGAGAGGUCAUUAUCAGCAGAACAGCGGGGGGCACCUCCAUCACGCGGGUAUGAACAAAGUCAGUAUCAAUGGAGUGCACCGUACAUCGCCCCAUUUCUCAUCUUCAGGUCACGCAAUUGACCGGUCAGAACAAUUUCUACUUGACCCUCUGCUGGAGUUCAAAUGAAGACGCAAUCUGUUUUGACGACUCACUUUUGAUGCUUUGUGACGGGAUGUAGCAUUAGCUGAAAUGAUCAAUUAUCCGAAUGAGGUGUUCUCAAAAAAGUUCAGUAGCUUUAGAAUCCAUUGCUCAGCGUACGCCCUUCAUUUAUAUUGAACGUUUAUCUGUCUUUUCUUAAUUUAUCCUUUGCCAGGUUUAGAUAUCAGUUAAAUAUGUACAAAAAUAAAAAGAGAUCUUGGUCUAAGUGUGAAAUUAAAGAGAUCCCUGUAACUCGUUGUGAUGCUCGCUUGUUAGAGAAUAAAUAGUACAGAAAGUGUCGUUGAAUCUCUUGAGCCCACGUUUUGUUUUUGACAAUAUAAAAUGAAUGAAUUUUUCUAGACUACGCUUAGAAUUGUUUAAAAAGUGUUCAGUUUCGUCUCCAUUUAAAAGGAGUCCCUGUCUAUAUAUUUCUUUCUUCAUUUACACUUCUAAUGGUGCUAUAAUUAUGUCCUGGUUGCAAGGACCUCUUUAACCCUUUAAUUCCGACGCGGGAAUUUGACAGAAAUGCGACAAUAAUAACCACUUACAAACGGAAUUGCACAAACUAUCGCUUCGAUGUAAUAUUUUGGUCACAUUGAGUUUUGUUUUUGCCCAAUUUGCAAUUUUAAUCGAAUUUAAUUUUGUACUUCCAGGUUGAAUGAUGAAUUAUGUAAUAAUUAUGCAGUCGGCAGAAAUCUUCAUCAUGCAUUGAUUUUCUGUCAUCAUGAUAACAGACCUAAACAUUUAAUCUUUUCUUCAUAUAUUUAAUCAGAAAUCAGAAUUAUAGAUUCUUUUCAAUUGACCCUACCAUCUAUCCUCAUGCCACUGUCAAUCAUGUGCUAAUGUUCGCUAGUUUUAUCGCCAGUCUUUUCACAAAAAUGGCAAUAAUCGAAGAAUUAGUAAUUAAUGUGCAAGGUUUUGAAAAGACUUACGGAAUGAAAAAAUCUUAUAUGGUAUCACAAUGAUAUCGCAAACAAGCGUUCAAAAGGAAUUAAAAUUGAUCGCUUUCUCGCGGAACAGUUAAUACACUCAAUCAGGGUGGAUCUAAAAAAAAAAUUCGAAAAUUUUGUCGCCCUUAUUUAGCUCGACCAAAUUGAUUUCCCGAGCGCUUCCAGAACAUUAUGAAGACCAGGGUGACCAACUGGUCGGUAAAUACCGACUAGUCGAUAUUUGGUCGGUGUUUUUUGAAAGUCGGUUUUCUCCUUGAUGUAACAAUAAAAUUAAUUUAUUUAAUAUCUUUUCGUUUUUCCUGAUAUUUCGGCUAUUUAUCCCUACAGACGGUCAAUAGCCAUUUUGAACUUGUAGUUCAGUGUUCAUAGGUAAUUUUAUUUACCGAAUAUUUUGCCAAUAAAUUAGCACCCCCGGUGAUUUUGCCGGUAAAUGCAUGAGGUCGGAAUUUUUUCGAAUUCUAGUUGGUCACCCUGAUGAAGACCCUACUUUGAUAAAAAAAAUGUCGCCGCUGGCAAAUUUUGAAAAAAAAAACAGAUCAUAAAUGCCGUUUUUGGGUACUUAUUGGAAAACUUUAACCAAAAAAUAGCGUUUUUUCGACUCGCGCUCCCCUUCAAAUUUAGGUUAUAUUGGCGCCUGUAGACAAAUUUUGGGUCGGCCGAAAAUGAAAGUCAUUAACUAGUACCAAAGGGUUGG